CUUGCACUAUGCGGCCCAAUCCGGAGCAUAUUACCAGGUAGUUAAUGCAUGGCGAUGCAUAACCCAAUCCAUCUUGAUCUAUAGAUCCCGCGUUACCUAGCUCUGUGAAUUAUACCUCCGGCUCAACAUGUAUGUAAAAGGUUCAUUCCCCCCCCCCCAAAAAAAGUCUAGUCACCCCUUCUUUCAUUUCAUAGUUCCCUUCUCCCCGCAAGAAUGUCGAUUGCUGGCAAAACCGCCCUCAUCACCGGAGGGGUCAAGAACCUCGGCGCCCAAAUCGCCAGAGAGUUCGCAGGCGCCGGUGCCAACCUAGCCCUGCACUACCACUCUGCCAGCAGCCAGAACGACGCCGCGACACUGGAAGCCGAGCUCAGGCAAAAGUACCCCGACCUGAAAGUCACCGUCUACCAGGGCGAUCUCACCUCCGCUGCGGCAGUCACCAAGCUCUUCCAGGAGGUGCUGCAGGAGUUUGGCAAGAUUGAUAUUGUAGUGAACACGAUCGGCAAGGUGUUGAAGAAGCCGAUUACGGAGAUUACCGAGGAGGAGUAUGAUUCUAUGUUUGCGAUCAACUCCAAGACGGCCUUCUUCGUGCUCAAGGAAGCCGCAAUUCAUGUCUCGGAUGGCGGGAAGAUCAUUACCAUUGUUACGGCGCUGCUGGGGGCCUUUACGGGCUACUACACCUCUUACGCUGGAAGCAAGGCUCCCGUCGAGCAUUUCACCCGCGGAGUCUGCAAAGAACUCCAGUCCCGUCAAGUGAGCGUUAACAACAUCGCCCCAGGCCCUAUGGAUACCCCGUUCUUCUAUCCCCAGGAAUCCCCCGAGGCCGUCGCCUUCCAUAAAUCCAACGGCAUGGGUAAUCGGCUGACGAUGGUGGAAGAUAUCGCACCUCUUGCGUUGUUCUUGUGUACCGGGGGGGCAUGGAUCACGGGCCAGACUAUCUUUGCGAAUGGAGGAUAUACUACUCGUUAAGCUGGGUUGCUUGGGUUGAUUUGACUGUAUAUAACGAAAGCCACGCUGUUCCGACUCUUGAUUUUGAGAGGGUCAUUUGACUUCACUCAAAGUAGU